UGGCAGAGCCGCACUUUCAACAAUGGAGCUGACGAAAAAGAAGAGAAGGCUCACUCUCCUGCUUUUCAUCUUACUAGUCGUGGCCCUGAGCUCAGCGGGGGCUCAUAUACACUCGCAAAAAGUGAGAAGUGAUGGAGAUACUACAGUAGUUGUAUCCGCUAGAGUAUGGCUUAUGGGAUUGUGUAGCGCUACCGCCGUGAGCUCUUGUGGCAUACUACCUCUUCUCUUUACUCGCUGUAUCGACCUCAGGGCUGUAGAUGGGGGCUCAGUCUCUUUGAGGUUGGUCCUCAGCUUUGCUGUUGGCAGCUUAUUGGGAGAUGUUUGGUUACACCUAUUACCUGAAGCAUGGGGACAAGUGGAGUGGGAGGAUGGACAUGAAGGAGAUAAAAGAGAGGUGAAAGCUAGUCUUCAGAGGAGAGGCAUGUGGAUUAUACUUGGUCUAGUGACAUUCAUGACAGUGGAAAAGCUUGCGAAACACAUUGAAACUAUCUCUACUACCCCAAGUAAUGAUAAUAAUAACAAAAAGAGACACAUUAGCGGUUACCUCAACCUCCUUGCAAACAUUACUGAUAACUUUACCCACGGGCUAGCCAUUGCUGCUAGCUACCUCGUUAGCCCUCUUGUUGGCUUAUUAACGACCCUCGCUAUACUCUGUCAUGAAAUACCUCACGAAAUAGGAGACUUUGCUAUCCUCUUAAGAUCAGGUUUCUCGUGUCCGGAUGCAGCAAUAGCACAAUUAGUGACAGCCUCUGGUGGACUGGUAGGUGUAGUGGUAGGAUUCUCAGCUCAAUACGUAGGACAAUGCACUUUGUGGAUGCUACCAUUUUCUGCUGGAGGAUUCCUGUAUAUUGCUUUAGUUAGCAUUCUUCCAGAGCUAAUGGAAGAUUCAGUUGCAUCUGUCAAACAAGUCUGUGGUGUGUUGCUAGGUAUUAUCAUAAUGGCCGCCGUGACUAUUGUGGAGAAGAAGAGUUGCAGUGCAAUGCCUGAUGCAAUUGGAUAUCAUUAUCUUUAGCGAUUUGUGCGAUUAAAUAUCGUUUCAAUUUUUUGUAUCUCUCUCACUCUUUCAUUAUUACUUUUGUAUUAAAUCCUUUACAGACAUAAUAAAAACAAACAUUAAUACAA